ACAUGAUUAUACAUUGUCUCUUUCAAUUUCAAGAGGACAACAAAAAGGAAAUCUCGUGAAUUACUGUAAGAGAUAAAACAGCUCCACCCUCCACCAACACAGUCCAGAUUUUAUUCAGGGCUAAAACUACACAUAAGGUACACAUUAUGAGUUUACUGUGUUUCUUAUUAGCUGUGAAAUUCACAUGCUAUUGAAAAAAGUAAGAGUACACACAAUUAGAAAUUUCAUAGGUAGACGCGUGUGACCUGAUUUCGAAUACUUCCUCGUAGCAAAGUAGCACAGCAGGUGGAUUUUUACAAGCGUGUUUCCCUCCUACAAGAGCGUUGAUGCAGAUAACAAGAAAACAAUAUUGAACACCAACAUCACUUCAGUCCGUUCAUAUCUUCAUGAUGUCCCUGACAGUGUCUCAGGGUAAAGAUGAGAUUGUUUUUACACUCACUUUAAAUCCCAGAAGCAAAUGGCACAUUUGGCAACAAAUUCUAGGUGCUUUAUGGGACUGUAUAGUAUGGUCUGUGUCUCCGGAUAUGAAAGAAAAUGAAUCUAACAUCCAGACAACUUUUAGAAUUGUAUUAUUUGCAGUCAUAAAUUUGACAUUGGCUGGCUUUGGCUUUGCCUUCUUCUUAUUUGUUUCACUUUGCCUGGCGAAGUUGACCUUUGGAGGAUUAGAUGCUUCAACUAUAUUCAUGUCAGUUCUUCUGUUCUGCGUGGUUGUUAGUGUCUGGGUUUUGACUCUGAAAUCUUUGCGCAAGAAAAGUGAGGGUGUGAAGGAUAUGAAAGAGACAUUUACAAAUACCCACACAGCUCUUGGGAUAAUAGUUGGUGUGAAUAUUGCAUUGUGUUGUUUCGGCCUCGCCGGCUCAUAUUUUUGGUUCAGCAGUGUGUGCCUUUUAGCUGGAAUUGUAUGUAUUAUUGCAGUCAAGUAUCCCAGUUCUGGACUGCUGAUUGUUGCAGUGAUUCUGAACAUAGUCAAUGCUGCUCUGGCGAUCACAACUGUUGUGCAGCAUUUAAUGGAUCUGGCAAUGAGAGAAAGUUCAGAAAGUUGUUAUUCUUAUUUUAGAUACUCUAUGCGUUCCCAAGAAGAUAACUGUAAAUACUACAAUAAUCUCAAUAAGGUUUUUCUUGAAGGUGUACAUAUCAUGAUGACUGUUUUGUCAGGUCUUCAGUUCUGUGUAACUUUCAGUUUCAUUUUUUUAACUUUGAAAGUUAUGUGCAAAAAGGAUGGGGGUACAAAGUCUGAGGAGAAGCCACAAGCUGUCAUGCAAGCUGAAGAGAUGGGCAUUGUUGUUUGAACAUAUCAUAUAAAAGUGCUUUACAAGUGUCAACGAGGAUAAAAAUUUAUGGAUUACAAGCAGAUGUCCACCAAAUGCAACACCAUAAUCAUCAAACGUUAUAAAACGCCUGUUUUUCCCAUUUCCUAUUUUUCUUGGAAAACAAUAGUUUGUUAUUUUUACCUAAGAAAGGUUCUUUAGAGCUGUUUAUAAAUUAAUUUUAGUAUGUU